UAUCCCUCUCUCAUCCAUGAGCCCUCGAGUCCCCAUGGCUCUCCUCUCUCUCUAAACCCGACCCAAAAAAAUCUCAUCGACAAUGGACGCUCCUUCCCUCCUAAAGUUCGCCGCUUCCUCCACUCUCCUCACCGCAGGUGAGGCCAAGCUCGCCUUCUCCGCCUCUUCCCGCCUCGUCUCACCGCGAAAGGCAAAGAGAAGUCUUUGUCUCGGGCCGGUUCUCCCCUCGAGGUUCUGUUCCACUGAUGCCGGCCAGACCUUGGGUUCUUCUUCGAAGAGGAGAGCUCGAGGCCCCGUGAUGGCGGCCAAGAAAGCAGCAGAAGGUCGUAAAGAAGAAGGGAAAUAUAAGCAUACGAUAGAGCUUCCCAAGACUACAUUUGGCUUGAGGGCCAAUUCUGUUGUGAGGGAGCCCGAAAUUCAGAAGCUUUGGGAAGAAAACCAAGUGUUCAAGAGGGUUGUGGAGAGGAAUACCGGGGGAAGCUUUGUUCUUCAUGAUGGCCCACCCUAUGCGAAUGGCAAUCUUCAUAUGGGGCAUGCUUUGAAUAAAAUUUUGAAAGAUAUUAUAAAUAAAUACAAGCUUCUUCAGAACCAUAAAAUCCAUUUUGUUCCUGGUUGGGAUUGUCACGGUCUUCCUAUAGAGUUAAAAGUUUUGCAGUCAAUGGAUCGAGAUGCUAGAAAAGAGCUGACAACUUUAAGGUUGAGAGAAAAGGCUGCAGAGUUUGCCAAAGAAACUGUUAAAAUUCAAAUGAAGUCCUUUAAGCGUUUUGGUGUAUGGGCAGACUGGGAGAAUCCUUACUUAACUCUUUCUCCGGAGUAUGAAGCAGCUCAGAUAGAAGUGUUUGGUCAGAUGGCCAUGCAAGGAUACAUAUACAGGGGACGCAAACCCGUACAUUGGAGUCCAUCUUCCCGGACGGCUCUUGCUGAGGCUGAGUUGGAGUACCCUGAGGGCCAUACAUCUAGGAGUAUAUAUGCUAUAUUCAAAGUUGUUAGUGCGCCUCAAGCUUCUGAUGGCCUCUUAGAGGAAUUCUUUCCAGAUCUGUGCGUGGCAAUAUGGACAACUACUCCUUGGACUAUUCCUGCUAAUGCCGCUGUUGCUGUUAAUCCUGAACUUUUGUAUGCGGUAGCUGAAGUACAGUCAAUAUUGGAGGAUACAUCAUCUGCUCCUUCUGUGAAGAACAAAAAUAUUGGCAGGGUUCUGAAAAAUGGUGAGAGGAAGCCCUUCCUCAUUGUAGCGUCAGAGCUCAUACCAACACUUGAAUCCAAAUGGGGGGUGAAGCUUUUGAUCAGGAAAACAUUCCUUGGUUCAGCUUUGGAGAACUGCAGGUAUAUUCAUCCAGUGGAUGGAAAAGAAUGCCCUGUUGUUAUAGGUGGAGACUACAUAAACACUGAGUCAGGAACAGGGCUUGUUCAUACUGCCCCUGGACAUGGGCAGGAGGAUUACAUAACCGGCUUGAAAUAUGGACUGCCUAUACUUUCUCCUGUGAGUGAUGAUGGAAAAUUUACUGAGGAGGCUGGGCGGUUCAGUGGCUUAGAUGUCCUUGGGGCUGGUAAUGUUGCCGUUGUGGAGUAUCUUGAUGAGCACUCAUUACUUCUUGUGGAGGAACCAUACAAGCACAAGUACCCUUAUGAUUGGAGAACCAAAAAGCCAACAAUAUUCAGGGCUACUGAACAAUGGUUUGCUUCAGUUGAUGGCUUUAGACAGAAUGCCAUGGAUGCUAUCAGCCGUGUGACUUGGAUUCCUUCACAGGCAGAAAACAGAAUUGUUGCUAUGACUUCUAGCCGAUCUGACUGGUGUAUUUCACGGCAAAGAAAUUGGGGUGUACCUAUUCCAGUCUUCUAUCAUGUACACUCAAAGGAACCCCUGAUAACUGAAGAGACUAUUGCACAUGUCAAGGCUAUAGUCUCGAAUACGGGUAGUGAUGCAUGGUGGUAUAUGUCUACAGAGGAGCUUCUCCCUGAAAAAUAUCGCAGCAAAGCUUCAGAUUAUCAAAAGGGAACUGAUACAAUGGAUGUUUGGUUUGAUUCUGGUUCAUCUUGGGCUGCGGUCCUGGGGAAAAGAGAAGGCCUCAGUUUUCCAGCAGAUGUGUAUCUUGAAGGUACAGAUCAGCAUCGUGGGUGGUUUCAGAGCUCUUUGUUGACCAGCAUAGCGACAACAGGAAAGGCUCCUUAUUCAUGUGUUAUCACCCAUGGAUUUGUACUGGAUGAAAAGGGUUCAAAAAUGAGCAAGUCUUUGGGUAAUGUCGUGGAUCCAGAUAUUGUCAUUGCUGGGGGAAAAGGCUCAAAGGACGGACCCGGUUAUGGAGCUGAUGUCCUCCGUCUUUGGGUGUCGAGCGUUGAUUAUACAGUUGAUGUAUUGAUUGGGCCUCAGAUACUCCGCCAAAUGUCUGACAUAUAUAGAAAACUUCGAGGGACACUGCGAUUUCUUUUGUCAAAUCUGCAUGACUGGAAACCUGAAAAUGCCGUCUCAUAUGAUGAUCUUCCCAAGAUUGACCAGCAUGCUCUUUUCCAACUCGAAAAUGUAGUCAGUUCCAUCAAGGACAAUUAUGAAAGCUAUCAGUUUUACAAGAUAUUCCAGACAAUACAACGGUUUGCAAUUGUUGAUCUGUCAAACUUCUAUUUUGAUGUGGCUAAAGAUCGACUAUAUGUGGGGGGCUCGACUAGUUUUACUAGGAGGAGUUGCCAGACAGUUCUAGCGGAGCACCUUCUUUCAUCAGUUCGGAUAAUUGCUCCAAUUUUGCCACACUUGGCUGAGGAUGUUUGGCAAAACCUUCCUUUCGAGCAUGUUAUGGAAGACGGUUCUGUUGCAAGAUUUGCUUUUGAAUUAAAGUGGCCUGCUGUAAAUGAAAAAUGGCUUGCAAUGCCAAUGAAAGAUGUUGAUUUUUGGAGGACAAUUCUUGAGUUGAGAUCAGAGGUGAACAAAGUUCUUGAGAAUGCACGAAUUGGGAAGCUGAUAGGUUCCAGCUUAGAAGCAAAGGUCUACCUACAUGCUACCAAUGCAGCCACUCUAUUGAAAUUACAGGAGAUGUCUAAAGCCGCGAAUGAUGCUGACCAACUGCACCGUAUAUUUAUAACAUCACAGGUUGAAAUUUUGGAUUCUUUGAACGACGAAAUGGUAGCGGAAAUUCCGUAUUCUGCUCAGCACAGUGACGAUAAAGUAAGCAAGAUAUGGAUCGGUGUAGCCCGUGCUGACGGCAACAAGUGUGAGAGGUGUUGGAACUAUUCUUCACAAGUUGGUUCCUUUCCAGAACACCCCACUCUCUGUGCUCGCUGUUUUGAUGUUGUUGACAUCCAGCCGCUUCCAGCAGUGGCUGGGGUGAGUUGAAGUUCAAUAUGAAGGAGAAAAUCAUCUUUAUUUACAAAUUCAUUAUGAAAAUUGGGGUCAAUAUCAAUCAGAUAUGACCUCGAUCAGUUUUCUGGACUGAUUAAAUCCCCUUCUAUUAUCAUUGUUUUGUAUAUUAUAAACCUGUAAUAAUCAGAUUCCUCCCCUUUUUUUGGGAACGUACGUAAUAGUCCACUGUAAUUUGAACUUAUUCUAGAUGGACGCCAUUCUUUCAAUUCUGUCGACAGGGAUGAAAAGUGUAUUGUAUCAGCACGAGAUAGUAAAUCCAACCCAUUCAUUGCUACUGCUUAA